AUGAAUACAUUUUUAAAAAGAACAGCUGAUACUGAGCAACCUAUUGUACCUAACACAAGCAACGUUGGAAAUAAAAAACUUGUCAAAAGGAAAUACAGGGAAGAUUACGUCAAAUAUGGAUUUUCUUGCUGUGCUAACGGAGAUGCUCCAAAACCAGUCUGGGUUAUUUGGGCGGAGCAACUUGCAAAUGAAGCAUUGUUUCCGAGUAAACUUGUGCGUCACUUAAAUACGAAACUUGCCGUUUAUGCACGCAACAAUAUAAAUCAUUUCCAGCGGUUGUUAAGUCAAAAUAAGAAGCAAGAGUGCUCUGUGAAGUCGUCUUUUACAGUCUCCGAAAAAGCAUUAGAAGCUAGUUAUCGCGUUGCAAAAUUGAUUGCGCGUCGAUCCUAA